AUGAAACGUUUGAAGACAAGAGAGCUUUCGCGAUUGUUGGGACAACUCGUCGCUCUCAGCCCUGUAUUGAGACAAUCGGACACAAGUCCUAAUCCAUGGCAUAAUUACAUCUUUUUGUCUGUCUCUGCAAUUAAACCUAAUUGUCUUCAAUUGCGAACCAAAUCGGCCGAAGAACCGGUGGAUGGCGUCGUCGCUGUUGUCACUGAAAUCGAUGACAAUGUAUAUCAAGUGCGGGCAGUAAUCGAUGACCAGAUCGAUGGCCGCGUCGAGCCUUUGAAACCGUUUGGACACUCGCUGUCGAAAUAUGUCUUACCCGAGGCGACCGCUAAUGUUGACCAUCAAACCGAUGCCUUAAUUCAAACCACAAUCCGUCAAAAAUUCAGUGACUGUACUGUCCUUACAAUCGCACACAGACUCAAUACUAUUAUAGAUUGCGAUCGCGUUUUGGUGUUAGACGCGGGAGAGAUCGUAGAGAUACUAGUGCUGGACGAGGCGACCGCUAAUGUUGACCAUCAAACCGAUGCCUUAAUUCAGACCACAAUUCGUCACAAAUUCAGUGACUGUACUGUCCUUACGAUCGCUCACAGACUCAACACUAUUAUGGAUUGCAAUCGCGUUUUGGUGUUAGACGCGGGAGAGAUCAUAGAGUUUGACGAACCGUUUGUUUUACUGCAACGAAAGGGACAGUUGUAUGACAUGUGCCGCAAGACUGGGAAACAUAUGUUCAAUCAUUUACUAAAUAUGGCUAAAGAAUCACAUCUUAAGAGAUUUGAUACCUUAGAAGUCGACGACGAAGACAACGAUUCUCUCUUUAAAACAUCGCAUUAA